GCGAGGAAAUAAGACUGCGGUGAGUCCCAAGCAAAAGAGACGGAUCACCCAACUCCCUACCUACUACGCGGGCCCGUUUCCCGAUCCGAUACCCGCACAUUGAUUGGGAAGAGUACCCUGUCGGGCGGGCCCCGCUAACUGGUGUGUCUACGGGGGUGUCGUUUUGUCUUGUGCCGCUAAAGGUCGUGGAAUGGAAUCGAAACCUCCUCCCCGCUUCUUCCCCCGUUCGCCCCUCUCGCCUUCCUCGUCAUCCCCUUCGCCCUUCUUCCUCUCUCCCCGCGUACCUUGGAUCUGGAUCUCCAGAACCCUACCGACAUCGGGAUCCCGUCAAGAAGGCAUCCGACCUUGCGAUCCCGCCGCAAUCUGAAGGCGGUGUGUGUCGGAUCUUGCUCCGGGUCGGCCUCCAUCGAGUAGAUCUGGUAUCGGGAUCUUUGAUUCCGGAAGGAAUGUGACUGAUGCUGAGAUAGGUUUGCUGCUGUUGUUGUCACGACAACAUCUUUAAUCUGUGGAAUUACUUGUAGUGGCCAAGUAUUGUUUGGACAAGAUUGAUCUUUGAGAUGCUUAAGAACGGGAUGAUAGAAUGCAGCGUCUGUCACUCCAAAUUGGUCUCACCAAGUCCAAGAUCUGUAUCAAGGGCAUACGAUAAGCAUAGGACUCGAGUUUCAUCCAAAACUCGUCCUCUCAACUUUCUUCUUGUUGUGGGUGAUUGCAUCUUGGUCGGUCUCCAGCCUAUACUAGUUUAUAUGUCGAAGGUGGAUGGGAAGUUCAAGUUUAGUCCCAUCAGUGUGAACUUUUUGACAGAGGUUGCAAAAGUUCUCUUUGCUGUCAUUAUGUUAUUGUUCCAGGCUAGACACCAGAAGGUUGGAGAGAAGCCUCUUCUAUCAGUUUCCACAUUUGUACAGGCAGCUCGGAAUAAUGUCCUUCUUGCUGUUCCUGCACUUCUAUAUGCAAUCAACAACUACCUAAAGUUUAUCAUGCAGUUAUACUUCAAUCCUGCAACAGUAAAAAUGUUGAGCAACCUGAAGGUUCUGGUGAUUGCAGUCCUUUUAAAGAUUAUAAUGCGAAGGCGAUUUUCCAUAAUUCAAUGGGAGGCUCUUGCACUUUUGUUGAUUGGGAUAAGCGUAAAUCAGCUCCGGUCAUUGCCUGAGGGUUCCACAGCGCUGGGUCUACCUGUUACAAUGAUUGCUUAUGUGUAUACACUAGUUUUUGUUACUGUUCCAUCAAUGGCCUCCGUCUACAAUGAAUAUGCAUUAAAAAGCCAGUUUGAGACAAGUAUCUACCUUCAGAACUUAUUUUUGUAUGGUUAUGGUGCAAUAUUUAACUUUUUGGGCAUUAUAGGAACUGUCAUUAUUAAAGGACCUAGUAGCUUCAAUAUCCUUGAAGGCCACUCAAAGGCUACAAUGUUUCUGAUAUGCAACAAUGCAGCACAGGGCAUACUUUCGUCCUUCUUUUUCAAAUAUGCUGACACAAUCUUGAAGAAGUAUUCAUCUACCGUUGCCACAAUUUUUACUGGCAUAGCAUCUGCUGCAUUAUUUGGUCAUGCAUUGACCAUGAACUUUAUCUUGGGGAUUUCCAUAGUCUUUAUAUCUAUGCACCAGUUCUUCUCACCCAUGGCCAAAGUCAAGGAUGAGACACCAGUUGGGAAAUUGGAAGUGAUGGAAGCGCAACAUACCAGGUCAAAGGAAACUUCUUUCGUAAACAUGGCUGCUGGUGCUGCUGAAGAUUUGCUUUCUUUCAGGUCAGCCACCGCACUGGUCAUGAUGAGAGACAACCGCUUUUGCCCAUUUGAUGGUAUACUAUGGAGUGAUCCUUUUUAUUGACCUACGGAUGAGCCACCAGCUAGUUAUAAUAAUUCUCAGCAAAGCAUAAACAAGAUAGAGAAUAGUUCUUCUCUUUUUGGUCUGUAUCGGGCAAGCUUGUUUCUUGUGGUCUUCUUAUAGGCAAGAUGAUGAACAAAUGAAGCAAGAGCAGCUUGAGCAUUCAGAGGAUGAUGAGAUGAAGAAAAUUGAACAGGUGAAAUCCCAACAUCAGCUUGUCGGUGUAAGAUCCAAGAAAUAGACUUCCCUAGCAACCAAUUUACAUAAAUUUUGUCUCUCAUCUUGUGGUAUUAUAUCACUAGGUAUAUAUAUAUAUAUAUAUAUAUAUAUAUAUAUUCUCAGCUCUUUUGUGUAAAAUUUGGAUGCAUGUUUCCCUAUUCUUUUAAUCGAUUUGUUAUUCCUUUUUGUA